AGAAGGACGGAAGAGAGGAGGCGGAAGUCGGGUGGAUAGAGCGUCGCCUCGGCUGCCGGCGGCGUCCGGCGUUCCAGCGGAGUCUCGCUGCCUUUCCCAGCUGGGAGGACUGACGGCAGCGGCGGCCGGCGGCGGAGACGGCGGGGGAGGGGUGACAAGAUGGCGGAGGCCUCGGCGGCAGCGGCGGCCACCGUCUCCCAGCACCGCUUCUUCUGCCACAGCUGCAAGGGGGAGGUCAGCCCCAAGCUGCCGGAGUACACGUGUCCCAGGUGCGAGUCUGGCUUUAUUGAAGAAGUGACAGAUGAUUCCAGUUUUCUAGAAGGCGGCGGUGGGACCGACGACAGCCCGUCCACCCAGUUUGCCGAGUUCUGGGACCAGUUGGAUCGCUCGAUGGUCUUCCCGUUCCUGAGCAGCUCGCUGGACCACGACGGCCGCGACAACGAAAGGGGCCACCAGGCCCACGCAGACCUGUGGGGACCAAGCCGACCCCCGCGGUUGCCCAUGACCCGGAGGUACCGCUCGCGGGUUAGCGCCCGGCCCGACAGAUCGCCUGCCAUCGAAGGAAUAAUACAACAGAUCUUUGCGGGUUUCUUUGCAAAUUCAGCAAUUCCUGGCUCGCCUCACCCUUUCUCCUGGGGUGGCAUGUUGCACUCGAAUCCCGGGGACUACGCCUGGGGACAGAGCGGCCUCGACACCAUCGUAACGCAGCUUCUAGGACAGCUGGAAAACACGGGACCUCCCCCGGCAGACAAAGAGAAGAUCUCCUCCCUACCGACAGUAACCGUCACUCAGGACCAAGUUGAUACGGGUUUGGAGUGCCCUGUGUGCAAAGAAGACUACACCGUAGCAGAGCAGGUCCGGCAGCUCCCGUGCAACCACUACUUCCACAGCAGCUGCAUCGUCCCCUGGUUAGAGCUGCACGACACGUGCCCCGUUUGCCGGAAGAGCCUCAACGGCGAGGAUUCCACCCGGCAAGCCCCGAACCUGGAGGCCUCCGCCAGCAACGCCUUCGGCAGCGCCAGCCACCUGCACGACCGAUGGACUUUCUGAGGCGCCCCCCUCCCAACCCCCCCGAGCGGCGGGGCGGUCCGCCUCAGGCCUGUAGUAUCCCUUGCUGCCGUUGUAAUUUGUAUGAUAACGCAACGACCGUAGCGAGAAGAGCGAGGGGUCCCCACCCCGGCCGCCACCGCGCGAGCGCAGCUGCCUUUCCGAAACUCCGGGUCUCUCCAUCCGAGUGGCCGCCGUCUCCCAAACGCCUCUUCCAUCCUUCAUUGCUCAGUGUUAGGGUUUGGUGCAGGAUGGGCGGGGGAAACUGCCUCCCCCCGGGAGGGGGGAUAUGCGGUUCCUUUUCUCCGAAGGCGAGAGAGAGGUCUCCGUUCUCGUAGCUCCGUUGAUUUUUGGCAGGGGGCAGCCAGUGUGGGCCUUGGCCGUGUGCCCCCUCCCCUUCUGGCAGUGGGGGGGGCGGUUUUCUCUCACAAAAGAGGCCGCCAGAAAUGGGCUGGUGAACUUCUGUGAAGGAGGGAGGGGGAAUGAGUGGCGGUGGUCUCCACGGGGGCACAGACCUUCUCCGUCUGUCCAGAAAUGGAAGUGUGGUUUACUGUGAACUGUCCGCCUUUCCCGCAGCCUGGCCUCUUGCUGUCUUUUGGCCGGAUUUCCUUUCAAUUUAGGUUGCGGGGGCGGGGGGGCGGCCUUGGCCACCUUUUGGUCCUGAUUUGGUUUUGCUGGCGAAGGGGAGGGGGGGCGGUUUCCCACCAGGAGGAGGGCGGCGGGUAGCUCUGGAUUCCAUGCAAGCAGGCCCACGCUGCCCCUCCGAAGCGAAACGUCCUUCUUCCUCCCCACCCCGUCCCGUCGCUCUUGGCUGGGGCUGAACCGGGAUCCCCCCCCCAACCUUGCCACUUAAGUCCCGUUUUUGAUUUGAUUUGAUUUGUGCUGCCUUGAUCUCACACGGACCACAUGUAAUUUAUCCGCCGGAGCAAAGUCUUGAAACGUGUCUAAAGCCCUCUUGUCUCUUCUGCAGGUGGCCCUUAAGUAUUUAAAAGAAAACGCCAUCCCUCAGUACCCUAGAGAAUUGCUUCCCCCCCAACCCCAACCCCACCCUUGAAAUGUUGUUUCUAGGCCGUCUCUUCAUCUACAUUUUUGUCCUUUUUUGUGUGUUGACCCUCGGAAUCAUGUCAAAGAGCCCACCCCCAGCCCAAAAGCGCCUUUCCUUCGGAAGCAGAAGGGCGUCUGAUUUCGAUGGUUGGGAAGUUGAGGGUGGGGUGGGGUGGGGUGUAGCAGAACUGCAUCUCCCCACGGAAGACUCUGAUUAUUAGUAAGAUGGCGGGGGGGCGGCGGGGGUGGAGAGAAAAUCUUGUGGCCACUUCAUUGCUGUAACGGUGUACCGGGUACACUCGAUUUCAAACCCAACGUCUUCUGUUUGCUAUCAAAAGUUGAAUAAAAGCCUUUAAUAAAAAGGUCAA